AUGUUCUCUGUCACUAACCCCACCAACUGGCCCCGUCACCAACCCCACCACCCCAACUGGCCCCUGUCACCAACGCCUGUCACCCCCAACUGCCCCGUCACCAACCCCACCAACUGGCCCCUGUCACCCCACCAACGCCUGUCACCAACCCCACCAACUGUCCUCCUGGCCCCCGCCACCAACGCCUGUCACCAACCCCAACAACGGGCCUCCGUCACCAACCCCACCAACUGGCCCCUGUCACCAACGCCUGUCACCAACCCCAACAACUGCCUCCCGUCACAAACCCCACCAACUGGCCCCCGCCAUCAACCCCACCAACUGGCCUCCAUCACCAACCCCACCAACUGGCCUCCGUCACCAACCCCAUCAACUGGCCCCCGUCACCAACGAGGGAUGUUCUCUGUCACUAACCCCACCAACUGGCCCCCGUCACCAACCCAACCAACUGGCCCCUGUCACCAACGCCUGUCACUAACCCCACCAACUGGCCCCCGCCACCAACGCCUGUCACCAACCCCAACAACGGGCCUCCGUCACCAACCCCACCAACUGGCCCCUGUCACCAACGCCUGUCACCAACCCCAACAACUGUCCUCCGUUACCAACCCCACCAACUGUCCUCCGUCACCAACCCCACCAACUGGCCCCGUCACCAACGAGGGAUGUUCUCUGUCACUAACCCCACCAACUGGCCCCCGUCACCAACCCCACCAACUGGCCCCUGUCACCAACGCCUGUCACUAA